AUGGAGGGAAUCGACUAUCACGACACUUUUGCUCCGGUAGCAAAACUCGUAACUGUUCGUACUCUCUUGGCUGUUGCGACUAAGAAAGAUUGGUUCAUUCAUCAGCUUGAUGUGAACAAUGCUUUCUUGCAUUGCGAUUUGGACGAGGAGGUCUAUAUGAAGCUUCUGCAAGGGUUUGCUACAGAAAACGACACUCAUUCAAAAGCCGACCAUUCUUUGUUCAUUUGGGACAAAAAUGGUACUUACAUUGCUAUCCUCAUUUAUGUGGAUGAUGUUAUAAUUACCGGAAACAAUAUUGAACGAAUUCAACAAAUUAAGGCUCAAUUAGAUAAUGCUUUCAGUAUCAAAGAUUUGGGCCAAUUAAAGUAUUUCCUUGGCAUCGAAGUUGCUAAGACUGAAAAUGGGCUCGUUUUGAGCCAAAGGAAGUAUGUGCUCGAUAUUCUUCAAGAUAGUGGCAUGCUUGGUUGCAAACCAAGCAAAUUUCCUAUUGAACAGAAUGUGAAGCUUGACCGGGGUGAGAAUGAAGAAAAGGUUGAUUCAAGACAAUAUCGACGGCUUGUAGGUAGGUUGUUAUAUCUUCAAGCUACGAGACCGGAUAUCACUUAUUCGGUGAAUAUUCUGAGUCAAUUUGUUGCUGAUCCAAGACGCAACCAUUUGGAUGCUCUACAUCGAGUCCUACGCUACUUAAAAGGUACUGUUGGACAGGGAGUGCUCUUCCCUAAAGCUGGACAUCCACAUUUGAUGGCCUUUUGCAACUCUGAUUGGCUUGGUUGUCCUUACACAAGGCGCUCCCGUACCGGUUAUCUCAUUAUGCUUGGCGGAGCUCCUAUUUCAUGGAAAAUGAAGAAGCAGACAGUGGUUUCACGGUCAUCUGCAGAGGCAGAAUAUCGAGCUAUGGCAUCUACAGUUAGUGAAAUACUUUGGAUUUGUUGGCUUUUAAAGGAUUUACAUGUUCACAUUACAUCUCCUACAGAUUUGUUUUGUGACAAUCAGGCAGCCCGACACAUUGCCAACAACCCUGUGUUUCAUGAAAGGACGAAACAUGUUGAGAUGGACUGUUUCUUUGUCCGUGAGCGUGUUCUUUCUAAGGAAAUAAUGCCUUUAAAGAUUGAUAGCAAAUUACAAGUUGCUGAUUUACUCACUAAAGGCCUUGGUUCAGAUCAAUUUCACUUUUUACUUGACAAGAUGGGCGUUAUUGACUUGCACGCUUCAUCUUGA